AUGAGUUCAAAAGAUUCGAAAGUAGAAGCCAAAACGCUGCCCUGUAUAUUUGUUCCUUUUGCUAAAAAGCAUCCAGAAAGUAACUUACUAGAAUGUAUAGAGAAAUAUAAAUCUAAAGAAAAGCAACAGUGGCGAAAUGCGUCUGCUAAUCUAGCAACAAAAAGAUUGACAGAAUUGGCUAAGUAUUUUCCUGAAUUAGCUUCAUUUCUUGAGUCUCUUGAAAAAAAUGAAUUAGGUUCUUCAAGUUUAGAUGAGAUUGAACUAAUUUCCGUUGAUUUUGGAGUUCAAAUAUCUUUGCUAGCCAUUAACUUUGGAGUUCAAGUAUCUUUUCCAGUUAUUGACUUCAGAGUUCAAGUAUCUUUGAUGAAUUCAACAUAUGAAAUUCUUUUGGAACGAAUUAGUAUGUUAGAAAAUGCUAAUAGGCAAUUAAUAGUCGAAAAUAAAGCAUUAAAAAAAAAAUUACAUGAAAGAUUUACUAACCAGCAAGAUCAAGAACUUCUUCUCGAGAAAAAUCAAAAAACAAAUAUGAUUGAUGACUUAGUAAAUUCUCAAAGCCAAAUAGGAAGUAUUAAAAAAUGUACUUUUUGCCAAGCCUCUGAUAUCAAUAAUAAGAAGCAGAUUUGUCCUAACUGUUAUAAUAAAUUACCUAUGAUUAAAUUAGAUAUGCAAGGAUCAGUUCCAGAGGUUCAUACACUACAAAUAUUUAUUUCUGAUCUGAUAGGAAUUAAUCCCAAUUUGAUAGUUAAUAUUCGAAAAGUUCUUGAGCAUAUCGAAAAAGUAUCUGAAGUUAAAAAUCAUAGAUGUACUCUUUAUAAAAAAAUAAAUAUGUUAAAAGCAUUUGUCGAGUUGAAUUGGGAUAUUGAUAUGAGAGAUUUUGCUUAUUAUCAGGGAUAUCAAACUGAAAAUCAGCUUCAGUUCUUCAAAAAAUAUUCAGAUUAUCACAAAUCAUGA